UGCGCGUGUACAGAAGGGCAGAGCGCUAAAUAUCGGAGCUUCUUGCAUCUUGACUCUUGGUAGUUUUAUAGCAAUUUUACCAAAUGUUGCACUUCCUGUUGCUCUUCAGUCGGCAGGGAAAGCUGCGGCUGCAGAAAUGGUUUGUGCCAAUAUCAGACCGAGAGAAGAAAAAGGUGAUCCGUGACAUGAUGAUGUUGGUGUUGCCUCGUCAGCCUCGCACCAGCAACUUCCUCCACUGGAAGGACCUAAAGAUUGUUUACAAAAGAUAUGCUAGCUUAUAUUUCUGUACUGGCCUGGCGGAGCAGGAUAAUGAAUUGCUGGCUUUGGAGGUGCUGCACCGAUAUGUUGAACUGCUGGAUAAAUAUUUUGGUAAUGUGUGUGAGCUGGACAUCAUUUUCAACUUUGAGAAGGCCUACUUCAUCCUGGAUGAGUUUCUCAUGGCCGGAGAAAUUUUAGAAACGUCCAAAUUUGCGGUGAAUCUGUCUAUGGAGCAGGCGGACACCCUUCAAGAGACAAUGGAGGAAUAUAUGAGCAAACCUGCCUACUGAGACACAAGAAGAAGAGGGCGCCUUUUAUUCCAAGACUCCCAAAUGUUUUUACGACUGGGAUAUUGAAGGCUGAUUUUUAUUCAUCUCAGGGUUCCUAGAAUCCCAGAUUCAUUGUUCAGCCGCAUGUUCUGUGUGUUAGUGAGUAAAUGGAGUAACACAACACAGUAAGGAAAAAAUAAAGUCAAUGCUUUAUUAACCUCAGGAAUGUCACAUAUGACCACAGUUAAGAAAGAAUUACAAAAAACACACAAGAAUUGAAGGAAUCGAGUUGUGACUGUCUCUGUUUUCUGCGUGUGUGUGUGUGUGUGUGUGUGUGUGUGUGUGUGUGUGUGUGGAACAGGUAAGGCUGGUGAGACAUUUACUGUGUGUAUCGCCGAGCAACAAAUUUGUAUUCAGCAAAACAUCAAAUGAAAGUCUGAACACUGAUUAUUACUAAUAAAUAAGAACUUUUUUUUAAACCUACAGAGCUGUGUAAGUUGAAUGUGUUUCAUUCUUCAAAAUACUUUAUUUUCACUCACCCCCCCCCCCCCCCCCC